CUCUAAAAUUUGCCAAUAGUUGGUUAUUUUGUCAUUAUUUUAUUUAAUUUUAAGACUUAUUAUUUACUCUAAAACAAAUUUUGUUCUACAAUGGGUAAACCUGGAAAAAGCACUUUCAAAGGAGAAGAAUUGGGCAACCAAUAUGGAAAACCAGAUAUUGAACGGUUAGGCCUUUUCAGCGAAAUGCCUUUCAUGAACGGGAAGGGCUAUGUAUCUCCUUUUCCAAAACCGAGGCCAGACAAAGGAAGAAACCUCUUAGCAGGAGGCUCCAAAGUAAAAACAGACUGGCAAGACUGCUACUUUGAUAAAGAAUUCAAGCGAAUAUUUAAUGGAGAAGCGCUUAAAGGUCGAGGUAAAAAACCAAAACCGUCUGCUUUCAAAAACGUAUCUGAACGGCCCUUCAUCCCCACUGGAGACACCAAGAAGCAUUCCACUCCAGGUGAUUGGUAUGGGACUUUUGAAGGUCAUUUGGACGCUUUUAGUAAUAAGUUGAGGCCACGUCCGCCAUUUAAGCAUGAACCAGCAAACCCCAUAACCAAUCCUACUAAAAAAGGAGGACCUGGAUAUGUUAAUAUCUGCAUUAACCCUUAUCCAGAACACAGUGUAGAAAAGUAUGGAGUAAAACCAAAAUUCAAACAAUAUGGACAACUGCUUGACGGGCCAAUGAUUACUGGCACACACCCCCAGCCAUACUUUGAAACCAACCCUUACAGAGAUCCGGAGAAAUUUAAACCAGGACCUACGUAUGCUCCUCUAAAUGUUAAAGAGUUUCCCCUACUUCCUCCUGGGAAAUUUAUUCCUACGGGACCAGCAAAACUGCCUGGUGGCUGUAAGGCCGGCUGUUUCGAAAAAUACCCAGAAUACAAAUCCGACAAGUACAGAUCUAUAUUGGAAACUAUGAAACCGCUAAGGAAAGCUGGAGGAAGCUUCUUGCCACCAUCAUAUGGAGAAAAAACGUAUUACACGUGCUCCGUUGUCAACGAAAACCUCCGUUUUAGAGUAAAUGAAAAUAAUUAUCAAGUUUAUAAACCAACAUUUACCAAACACCUCCUAUAAUAAAGUUAAAAAAACA